AUGGAUCCCAACGGCACAACCGACAGCAAGUACGUGACUCUGGUCUCGAGUGAUGGCUACGAGUUUGUCGUCUUGCGGGACGCCGCCAUGAUCAGCCCUGCCAUCAAAGGCAUGUUGGACACGCGCAACAACUUCCGUGAGGCUGCUCUGGGUCGCUGCGUGUUUGAAGAGAUCAGUGGCGUUGUGCUUGAGAAAGUCUGCGAGUAUUUCCAAUACUGGUACCGCUACCGCGAGCGGGAGGACGUUCCUGACAUGGACAUUCCUGUCGAGCUGUGCCUGGAACUGCUGGUCGCAGCCGACUUCCUGGGUCUGGACAGUAAGACAUCCCCAACCUCCUCUGAUCCCAGAGCGACGGCAUCUGUCUCACGGGAACCACCCAGCCGUUCUGACGCGUUUCUCACAGAGCAAAAUACCGGCACUGUCUGA